AUGCUGGAAGUCUUCAACCGGAAAACCAAGCAUCUCCAGAAAGACCGCGCAGCCCGGAAUGUCGAGGAAAGCCGAAAAGUCGACUACUUGAAAGAUGAAGUGGCAAUGCGGUUAUGCGAGCGAUUACUGGACAUCAAGCGCAAUUUCCCACACGUUCUCGACCUAGGCGCGAACAGCUGCAACAUCGCCAAAGCUCUCACAACCCCCAACCUCGACAUAACCACGCCGGAAGGAACGGUUUCCCCGCCACUAGCAGACAAGAUCUCGAAACUGACCUGCGUGGAGACAUCGCGGGCCCUGCUACACCGCGACGAGGAUCUACCAUUCAACAAGGAGAUCGAAAUCCAGCGGGAUAUAAUCCCGGACCUUGAGACGCUGCCGUACGAGCCGAAUAGCUUCGACGCCGUGCUGUCAUCGCUGUCCAUUCAUUGGAUUAAUGACCUGCCUGCGCUGCUGGAGCAGGUGAACACGAUACUGAAGCCCGAUGCGCCGUUCAUCGCUGCUAUGUUUGGUGGUGAUACGUUGUACGAGCUGCGCGGAUCGUUGCAGUUGGCUGAUAUGGAGCGACGCGGUGGUGUCAGUCCGCAUGUGUCGCCGCUGGCUGAUGUCAAGGAUGUUGGGAGUUUGUUGAACCGGGCUGGGUUUAAGAUGCUUACUGUUGAUGUUGAGGAUAUUGUUGUUGAGUUCCCUGAUACCUUUGCUCUGAUGCAGGACUUGCAGGCCAUGGGUGAGAGUAAUGCGAUUAUGAAUCGGGACUCGGCACCGCUGUCGCGGGAUGUUUUGUUGGCUAACGAGGCUAUCUAUCGCUCUUUGCAUAAGGAAGACGAUGCGCCUGGUAUCCCGGCUACGUUCCGACUGAUCUAUAUGAUCGGAUGGAAGGAGGGUAAGAACCAGGCGCAGCCAUUGCAGCGCGGCAGUGGUGAUGUUAACCUCAAGGAUAUCCUGGGUGGUGGGGAGUUCGACAGGCCAUGA